AUGUCGAUUUUGUACUUUACAAUUGGGAUGUAUGUCUGUGGAUUUGGAGCAAAAGCGUUACAAACUUUGUUACGUCAAAGUCGUCCAAUCGGAUCGAAUAAAAGUAGUUAUGGGAUGCCAUCCGCUCAUUCGUCUACAGUCACCUAUAUUGCUCUUUACACUCUCUUCAGUGGAGCCUCAGGCCAAUUAGCUAAUGGUAUAGCGUUUCAUUGUAAUUCAACACAUCUUGGCGGAUUUUCACUCAGCGAUGAAGCGGUAUCAAUUUUGACUUCUACUGUCGUCAUUGUCGUUUGUCUUGUGGCAAGUUCAGUUUGUUGGUCUAGAUACUAUUUAUCCCAUCAUACUACUCUACAGAUUUGUUGUGGUUUGCUUUAUGGAGCUUCAAUUAGUAUGAUUUGGAUCGGGUUUUAUCACCAAACUAAUAGAUUAUUCUCAACCGCCGAUUUGAAUCCAUUUCGCAGUCGAAGCUUUCAUCAAGUCUUGAUCAAUUAUGUAUACGGAUCCAAUAAAUCUAGUUUAGAUCAAAUUUGGGAGAAGUUUUGGCUCAUGGAUCAAAUCAACAAGAUCAAUUCUACUUUACAAUUUCGUAGAUCUAAUCUUUUAUCUACAAAAUGA